AUGGCUGGGACACGGGUUGCUCUGUGCGGCAGGAGCAGCGAAGGCGUCUUCAAGUGUCCGGAGGACCAGCUGCCCCUGGACUAUGCCAAGAUCUACCCCGACCCGGAGCUGGAGGCGCAGGUGCUGAGCCUGGCCAUCCGCUGCAUCCACAGCGAGGAGGGCUGCCGCUGGAGCGGGCUCAUCAAGCACCUCCAGGGCCACCAGGGCACGUGUCCCCAGGAGAGCGUGUACUGCGAGAACAAGUGUGGGGCCCGCAUGAUGCGGCGCCUGCUGUCCCAGCACACCCUGGCCGAGUGCCCCAAGCGCACCCAGCCCUGCACCUACUGCGCCAAGGAGUUUGUCUUCGACACCAUCCAGAACCACCAGUACCAGUGUCCCCGGUACCCCGUGCCCUGCCCCAACCAGUGCGGGACGCCCAGCAUCGCUCGGGAGGACGUGCCCACCCACCUCAAGGAGAGCUGCAACACUGCCAUGCUGCUGUGCCCCUUCAAGGAAGCUGGCUGCAAACACCGGUGCCCCAAGCUGGCCAUGGGCCGGCACCUGGAGGAGAGCACCAAGGCGCACCUGGGCAUGGUGUGCGCCCUGGUGAGCCGGCAGCGGCAGGAGAUCCUGGAGCUGCGGCGGGAUGUGGAGGAGCUGUCUGUGAGCAGCGACGGGACCCUCAUCUGGAAGAUCGCUGACUACGCCCGCAAGCUGCAGGAGGCCAAGGCCCGCAGCAACUACGAGUUCUUCAGCCCCCCUUUCUACACCCACAAAUACGGCUACAAGCUCCAGGUCUCGGCUUUCCUCAACGGCAAUGGGAGCGGGGAGAGUAGCCACCUCUCUGUCUACAUCCGCGUGCUGCCGGGCGAGUAUGACAACCUGCUGGAGUGGCCCUUCUCUUACCGCGUCACCUUCUCCUUGCUGGACCAGAGCGACCCCUCGCUCUCCAAGCCCCAGCACAUCACCGAGACCUUCCACCCCGAUCCCAACUGGAAAAACUUCCAGAAGCCGGGGGCUUCGCGCAGUUCCCUGGACGAGAGCACCCUGGGCUUUGGCUACCCCAAGUUCAUCUCCCACGAGGACAUCAAGAAGCGGAACUACGUGAGGGACAACGCCAUCUUCAUCAAAGCCUCGGUGGAGAUCCCCCAGAAGAUCCUGGCCUGA